AUGGAGAUGAGCAGAGAAGAGAGUAAAUCAGAUAUUAAGAUACUGGAAAUAGCGUCAUCGGAAGAAAUAAACAAAGAAUUUGAUGUUGCUUUCAAGUUCUUAAAAGAGAAUGGUCACGAACUUAAGGAUAUUCUGAGUUUCAAAUUAUCACCACAAUUACUAAGAAAGAUAGAUUUCAGAAUAAUUCCAAUCCUUUGCAUCAUAUAUUUUUUGCAGUUUUUAGAUAAAACUUUAUUAAAUUACUCUGCUGCCAUGGGUAUCAAAGAAAACCUUCAAGGAAAUGAAUUCUCCAACUUGAGCACUAUUUUCUAUGCUUCGUAUAUUUUUGCAGAACCGUUUGCCUCUUAUUUUUUGCAAAUUUUCCCAAUAUCAAAGGGCCUUGGUGUUGGAGUAAUAUGCUGGGGAAUAGUGUUAUCAUGUCACUCUGCUUGCAAGACGUAUGCUUCCUUGAUGGUUGUAAGGUCCUUGCUAGGAAUUUUCGAAUCGUGCUCAGCUGUCGGUAUUAUUUCAAUUUCUGGAAUGUAUUAUACAAAACCAGAACAAAUAAGUAGAGUGGGGAUUUGGUCAAUUCAGAGUGGGACGGGUACUAUUGUUGGAGCGCUCUUAUCAUUUGCGUUUCAGCAUGUUCAUACAACGAGAUUCACUUCGUGGCAAAUAUUGUUCCUUGUUGUUGGUAUUUUAACAUUUUCUUUCGGAGUUUUCGUAUGGUUUUAUUUACCUGAUAAUGUUACUUCCACAUCAUUUUUAAAUAAUGAAGAGAAAUUAAUGGUUCUUGAGCAUAUUAGGCCUAAUAAGACUGGAACUGAAAAUAAGCGAUUUAAAAAGGAGCAAGUUUAUGAGUUAUUGUUUAAGGAUAAAUUCACUUGGCCGAUGUUAUUGUUAACCAUGACAUCUCAAAUAGUUACUGGUGCAGUUGGCACAUAUAGCGUUACUGUUAUUGGUACAUUUGGUUUUAAUAAUUAUGCAUCGGCGUUGGUACAAAUUCCAAUUGGAGUAAUUAUUAUAAUAAUUAUAUUUGCUAGUAGCCAAUUGGUUGCUCAUUUUGGAAGAAGAACUUUUGUAGCUAUAUCUAUGAUGGUUCCAUCCAUUGUGGGUUCAAUAGCUCUCUUGUGCCUUCGCUUAGAUCAAAAACUUGGCAACCUAUUUUCACUUUAUCUCCUUUACAGUGGAUCUAGCGUACUCGUCUUGAUAUAUGCCUGGAAUAGCGCAAAUACAGCGGGAUACACGAAGAGAAUGUUCAGAAACGCUCUAACAUUGGUUUUUUUCUCGCUUGCAUCUUUAAUUGGUCCACAAAUGUUUCAAGCAUAUUCUGCCCCUUCGUAUGUUCCAGCUAAAAUCGCUAUUUUGGUCACACAAGCUGUCUCAAUUCCAUUACUUCUUCUUAUAGGUUACAUGUCAAAAGUAGAAAACAAAAAAAGAGAUGGAGAAAUGAAAUCACAUGAAGAAGGGUCUUUAGAGUUUUUAGACUUAACUGAUAUUGAAAAUAGAGAUUUUAGGUAUUCUUAUUAA